AUGGUACUCAGCAAGGAGCAACAACACACAAUUGCCGAGCAACAGCACACGACAAGCAGCACCGAACAGCAGGUGGUGCUGGAUGCGGAGCUCCAGCUCUGGAACCACACCUUCGGCUAUGUCAAGUCCAUGGCGCUCAAGGCUACGCUGGACCUCGGCAUACUGGACGCCAUCCACCAGCACGGCAGCUCCGCCAUAUGCUCCCACAGAUAG